GUGAAAAUGUUUAGUAUUGCUUUCUUGUGUAUCUUGAGUGUCAAUGAGUUGCGUGCAAGUGAUUUCCUUUGCUCUUUAGAAUUUGAUGGAAUCCAUGUUGCUUGUUUUUAGCAUUUGCUACGUCUUAGUAAAAUUUUCUAUUGUGUCUUUUUUGAAAGGAAAAAAAAUUGCCUUGAUGAAAAAGUUCCACUUCAAUAUGUUUGCACUAGCUUUCACUUGAUAUUUACAUGUAAUUUUAUACUUAUGCCCAUAUUUUUAAGAUAAUUAAGCAAUUGGAAGUAGAUAUUUAAAUCUAUCUUAUCAUUAAAAAAAAAUCCCAUGAGAAUUUCAGCAGUGUUUUUUUUUUUUUUUUUGCAUUUAAGAGGUGAUAAUAACUACAACAAUAAUGCUAAAAAGACUCCAAAUGAUAUUAAGCAUUUGAGCAGUUGAAUGUGAAAUAUUAUGUUGUUUCUUCAAUAAGCAACUGUGAAAAAUUUAAGUAAUUAGGUUAAGGCUUCUUGAUUUAUAGGUAUAUGGCAUUUUGUUAAUUGAUUUAAAUGGUAACUACGAGGCUUGUCAAUAUGGUCUAAAGAAAAUAAUGAUGGAAGAUGUGAACUGUGGAGAAAAAAUAGCAACAUAAGUUAAGAAAAAAGGAAAGUUAGCAGAUAAACUUGCUUAAAUUGCUAGAGUUUAUUAGAUCAACUUUCAAAAUGGAAUGCAUAACUAUGGUUUUUUAUAACAUUUUCAACAUAUUUCUCAGUCACUUUGACCCGGUGAAAUAUGAGCUAUUCACAUAUGUAAGUGCACGGAGUUAUGUUCUUUGUCUUUCUUCUUUACUUGCACAUAGAGAAUUACAUUUAGCUGAUUUAGGUUGAAAUAUUUUGCUGUCUUCUUUUGUUACUAUAGGAUGCAGUGCACUGUUGACUGUGUACUUACAAGAUUUAGAGAAAAAGAUGCUUAAAUUUUCUUGAAGGUUGAGAGACAGAUCCAUAUCAUAAGCAUUUAGAAGUUUUUCUCAAACAUUUAGAAGUAGAAACAUUGCAUAUAUCUAUUAGAUAAUUGCCUGAUAUACCCGUACCAUCUUGGGGGAAUUUUUGGGCAAAUAGUGGUGCUGGUUAGAUGAUAAAACAAGAAAAGAAGAAAAAAAGAAAAAUCAUUAUGUUCAAUCAUUUGACAACAUAGGUUUUUGAACAUUAAAUUAUGAAGGCCAUCUUCAGGUUGCACCAUCAUAUGAUUUGUUGAUUCUGUCCAGCAUCGGAAGCAGUUGUACUAUUACAUUAUCUGUUGAUUCUUUUUUACAUGCUUCUGAUUCUUCUAUGUGUUGAACCUUUUUUUUUUUUUGAAUAGGUAAUUGAUUUUGAAAUAAUUAAUUACACUGUGCAUUAUAUGGGAUUACAGAUUUUAAUUUAAGUCAUGGAAGUGCUUCCUUCUUCUGGUGUUCAAUAUGUUGGAGAAUCUGAUUGUGCUCAACAGAAUUCAGGAACAAGUUUUACUUAUGAUGGAGAAUCUAAUAGCUUUGAACAAGUAAAACAAGUUCAAAUGGUGGAUAGUGGAGUGAAUAUCUUAUCACCAGUUGGGGAAGGGUCUCAAAUAGAAAGGCAAAGUGAUGGAAAAGGGGCAGCAAAUGGAUUGCCUCUCUCUGAAGGACAUCAAAGUGGACCUUCAUAUUCUGAUGUUCAGGUGGAGAGCCAAAAAUUAUCUGGUGAUUCUCAUGAUCUUGAAGAUGAUGACUUGAAUGUACAGAAUUCUUGUACAGAACCUUGUGAAGCUCCCGAGAACUUCAAUUUAAUUGUGGAUAGUGUUGAAAGUGAGCCAACAAACAAUAGGGAUGGAGAGUCAGAAUCCCUUUUAGAGCCCAAGUGGCUAGAACAAGAUGAAUCUGUGGCAUUGUGGGUCAAGUGGAGAGGGAAGUGGCAGGCAGGAAUUAGAUGUGCAAGGGCAGACUGGCCGCUAUCAACUUUGAAAGCAAAACCAACUCAUGAUCGAAAGAAGUAUUUUGUGAUAUUUUUUCCACAUACUAGGAAUUACUCCUGGGCAGAUAUGCUACUUGUCCGAUCAAUCAACGAAUUUCCACAGCCUAUUGCAUAUAGGACACAUAAAAUUGGACUUAAAAUGGUUAAGGAUUUGAAUGUUGCACGGCGGUUUAUAAUGCAAAAGCUAGCUGUUGGCAUGCUAAAUAUUGUUGAUCAAUUUCAUAGUGAGGCUCUGAUAGACACUGCUCGAGACGUAAUGGUCUGGAAGGAAUUUGCUAUGGAGGCUUCACGUUGUAGUGGUUAUGCUGAUCUUGGAAGAAUGCUUUUGAAGCUUCAAAAUAUGAUAUUGCAGCAGUACAUAAAAUCUGACUGGCUUGAACAUUCUUUUCAAUCUUGGGAACAACGGUGUCAGGUUGUACAAAGUGCUGAAUCUGUUGAAUUGCUGAGGGAGGAAUUGUCUGAUUCUAUCCUAUGGAACAAAGUCAAUUCUCUCUGGAAUGCACCAGUGCAGCCAACUUUAGGUUCUGAGUGGAAAACCUGGAAGCAUGAAGUUAUGAAAUGGUUCUCAACAUCUAAUCCUGUAUCUACUUGUGGAGAUGUAGAGCCAAGGAGCAAUGGCAGUCCCUCAACCAUGAGUCCGCAAGUUGGCAGGAAGAGGCCUAAGCUUGAAGUGCGCCGUGCAGAUUCACAUGCUUCCCAGUUGGAAACAAGCAGUCUACUUCAAACUAUGACUGUUGAAAUUGACUCUGAGUUUUUCAAUAACCGAGACAUCAUUAAUGCUUCUACUGUGGCAUUAGAGCUUUCUAAGGAGGAAGAUUUUAGAGAGGGAUCUGCGCCUAUGGAGUCUCCUUGCAGUGUGCCUGACAAAUGGGAUGGAAUUGUACUUGAAGCUGGAAAAUCUGAACUCAUGCAAACCAAAGAUAUUGAAAGUACUCAUAUGAAUGAAGUUGUGGAUAAGAAAAUGAUAGAUCCUGGAAAUAAGAAUCGGCAAUGCAUUGCCUUUAUUGAAUCGAAAGGAAGGCAGUGUGUUAGAUGGGCAAAUGACGGUGAUGUUUACUGUUGUGUACAUUUGGCCUCUCGUUUCAUUGGCAGCUCCAACAGGGCUGAGGCAAGUCCUCCUGUUAAUACUCCAAUGUGUGAAGGCACCACUGUUCUUGGAACUCGAUGUAAACAUCGGUCUCUACCAGGUUUCUCAUUCUGUAAGAAACACAAACCCCGGAUUGACACAACAAAUACCUCGAGUUCACCUGAAAACACACAUAAGAGAAAGCAUGAGGAGAUUAUCGAAGGUUCAGAGGCCACGCGCUGCAAAGAUAUGGUAUUGGUUGGAGAAGUUGAAAGUUCCCUUCAAGUAGAGCCUAUCUCAAUCAUGGAUGGGGACACAUUCCAUGGCAAGAACAUGUUAAUUGAGAAGGUUGAGCAUUCCUUUCAGGAUCAUGAUGGCAAGGAGGUGUUACAUUGCAUUGGCUCAAGUACUAUUGAUUGUAAUGCCCCUUGUCAUGACACUCCAAAGCGCUAUUCAUUAUACUGCGAUAAACACAUCCCAAGUUGGCUUAAACGUGCAAGAAAUGGUAAAAGCAGAAUUAUACCAAAGGAAGUAUUCAUAGAUCUUUUAAAGGAUUGCCAUUCCCUGGAUCAAAAAUUGAGUUUACAUCGAGCUUGUGAGCUUUUCUACAAGCUCUUCAAAAGUAUUUUGUCCCUAAGAAAUCCUGUUCCUAUGGAAAUUCAACUUCAAUGGGCCUUGUCUGAAGCUUCUAAGGAUUUCAGCAUUGGAGAACUCUUAUUGAAGUUGGUUUGCACUGAAAAAGAGAGACUUGCCAAGAUAUGGGGCUUCAGUGGGGAUGAAGAUGUACAUGUUUCCUCCCCAGUCAUGGCAGAAUCAACAAUUAUGCCCUUGGCUGCUAGUGGUAGCCAUGAUGAUGAAAAUUCAUUUAAAUGCAAAUUUUGCUCGGAGGAAUUUCUUGAUGACCAAGAACUUGGCAACCACUGGAUGGACAAUCAUAAAAAGGAAGCACAAUGGUUAUUUAGAGGUUAUGGCUGUGCCAUCUGCCUGGACUCGUUUACUAACAGGAAACUGCUGGAGACCCAUGUGCAAGAAAGACACCAUGUACAAUUUGUUGAACAAUGCAUGCUUCUUCAAUGCAUUCCUUGUGGCAGCCACUUUGGCAAUGCUGAAGAGUUAUGGUUACAUGUUCUCUCAGUCCAUCCUGCUGAAUUCAGGCUAUCAAAAGCGGCUGAACAGCAUAAUCUACCUCUGGAAGAAGAAAAAGAGGAUUCUUUAGAGAAACUUGAAUUGGACAGUACAGCUCCUGUAGAAAAUAAGUCAGAGAAUUUAGGGGGAAUCCGGAAGUUCAUAUGCAAGUUCUGCGGAUUGAAGUUUGAUUUGCUGCCUGACCUUGGCCGGCAUCAUCAGGCUGCUCACAUGCGACCGAAUCUAUUCAGCUCUCGGCCCCCAAAGAAGGGGGUUCGUUAUUAUGCUUACAGAUUAAAAUCUGGAAGACUUAGCCGUCCUAGAUUUAAGAAAGGUUUGGGAGCAGCAACAUAUAGGAUCAGGAACAGGGGCGGUGCUAGCAUGAAGAAAUGUAUCCAGGCAUCAAAGUCACUUACCACUGGGGGCUUAAGUGUACAGUCUCAGGUAGCUGAGCAAGCAUCUCUCGGUAAAUUGGCAGAAUCCCAAUGCUCCGAAGUUGCAAAGAUAUUGUUUUCCGAGAUUCAGAAGGCUAAACCUCGCCCCAAUAACCUUGACAUAUUAGCUGCUGCACGCACUGCUUGCUGUAAGGUGAGCCUAAAGGCCUCACUGGAAGGGAAGUAUGGAGUAUUGCCAGAACGUUUGUAUCUAAAGGCAGCCAAACUUUGCAGUGAGUAUAGUAUUAGAGUGAAGUGGCAUCAGGAGGGGUUUGUUUGUCCCAGAGGAUGUAAGAGUUUUAGGGACCCAGGAUUACUCUCACCCUUAAUGCCUCUUUGUAACUGUUUUGUAAGUAAACAGUCUGCUCCUUCUUCCAACCAUAUGAACAAUGAGUUGGAAGUGGAUGAAUGCCACUAUGUCAUCGAUAUGUAUGAUUUUAGAGAGAUUCCUAGACAAAAGUCCACCGUAUUGUGCAAUGACAUAAGCUUUGGGAAGGAAUCAAUACCAAUAGCUUGUGUAGUAGAUGAGGACCUCCUAGCAUCCCUUAAUGUCUUUGCAGAUGGUUCUGAUGGUCAAAUUACUAAGUUCCCAAUGCCCUGGGAAAGCUUUACAUAUAUCACAAGCCCAUUGCAUGAUCAAUCUCAUGAUCAUGUUAUUGAGAAUUUGCAAUUGGGGUGUGCUUGCCCUGAUUCAUUAUGCUCUCCUGAAACUUGUGAUCAUGUUUACCUCUUUGAUAAUGACUAUGAAGAUGCAAGAGAUAUUUUUGGGAAGUUCAUGCAUGGCAGGUUCCCAUAUGAUGAUAAAGGGCGGAUAAUAUUGGAGGAGGGUUACCUUGUUUAUGAGUGCAAUCGCAUGUGCAGGUGCAACAAAACAUGCCCUAAUAGGGUUUUGCAGAAUGGAAUACGAUUAAAGCUGGAAAUCUUUAAAACAAUGAAUAAGGGAUGGGCAGUCAGGACAGUUGAACCAAUUCUACGUGGCACAUUUGUGUGUGAGUAUAUUGGGGAGGUUUUAGAUGAGCAGGAGGCAAAUGAAAGGCGUGGCAGAUAUGGUGAACAAGGUUGCAGCUAUAUGUAUGAAAUUGAUGCUCGUACCAAUGAUAUGGGCAGAUUGAUUGAAGAACAGGUCAAAUAUGUGAUUGAUGCCACCAAGUAUGGGAACGUUUCACGGUUCAUCAAUCACAGCUGCUUGCCCAAUCUUGUGAACCACCAAGUUCUUGUCAACAGCAUGGAUUCUCAGCAUGCUCAUAUUGGUCUGUAUGCAAGUCGAGAUAUAGUUUCUGGUGAAGAACUAACAUACAAUUAUCAAUACAACAUGCUGCCUGGAGAAGGAUAUCCUUGCCAUUGUGAAACUUCCAAUUGCAGAGGGCGCCUGUGCUAAAUCUUAAUGAACUUUGAGUUCUUGUGGUCUUAUCUGUGAAUAAUAAGGGAUAUGAGAGAUCGGAGCCCAGUCCACUCAACUCAUUGAGCGGACACCAUGCAUGAAAGCUAACAAUAACUUGGUCAGGUCCAGCAUUUCUGCAACGAUUUUCGGGGAUCCCACCGAGUUGUUUGUAUCAGUUCACAUUUUACACACGUUAUCUGAGAAAGAGGAAACCUCAUUUUCUCUUAGGCAUCUCCUUUUCUGUAGCAGCAAACAGGGAUGCCCCCUGGUUAGCUUCUAGUUUAGGUUUUCUAAUUUUUAUGUUUGAAGUUUGCAGCAGGUGUCAUGUUCGUGGGUAUUCUUUUCCUGAGAAUGCAUAAGUAGCCUGUUUCAAAUAAUUUUUGGCUGCUAAGAUUGCUUAUUACCCGCCAUUGACAUGUAAAUAUUUGAACGAACAAGCUUGCAUUUUUAUGCAAUGGAAUAUUUUCUACAGAGUACAUAAUGCUGCAGAAAGCAAGUUGCUCUA